ACGAAACGUCGGUCGGCGAGUCGGUGACAAACAAGUCAAAAAUCAAACGAAAGUUUUUGUUGUGAGGUGUGGUGAAGCGUUGUUUGAACGAUGGCGUUUUUAAAAUCCAGUAUUUUAGGACUCUUUCUGAGUUAUAUUGCUUUUGCUCAAGCCCAACGUACCCCGACUAUAUCGCACAUCACUCAGGAACAAAUCAGGGAUAUCGGAGGUCAGGUCGACCUGGAUUGCUCGGUUCACUAUGCCAAUGAAUAUCCUGUCAUUUGGGUAAAAUACGACAGACUGAAGACCACAGAAUCGAUCCCGCUCUCCUCGAACGCUGGACUCAUCCUGAGGGAUUCACGUUUCUCCCUAAGAUUCGACGAUGCAACCGCAACUUAUACACUCUCUAUUAAAGAUAUCCAAGAGAACGACGCGGGCUGGUACCAGUGCCAAGUCCUGAUCUCCUUGACCAACAAGAUCACGGCCGAGGUGGAACUCCAGGUGCGGCGGCCGCCCAUCAUAUCCGACAACUCCACCAGGUCUCUCGUCGCCAGCGAGGGGGAGAGCGCUCAGAUGAACUGCUAUGCCGGUGGAUUCCCGCCUCCGAAGAUAUACUGGCGUCGUGAGAACAACGCCAUUUUGCCAACCGGAGGAUCCAUUUACAACGGUAACGUGCUGAAAAUCGCGAACAUACGCAAGGAAGACCGCGGCACGUACUACUGCGUGGCGGAAAAUGGAGUCGGCAAAGGUGCAAGGAGGAAUAUCAAUUUGGAAGUGGAGUUCGCGCCGGUGGUGACUGUACCCAGGCCGAGAUUGGGACAGGCCCUGCAAUAUGACAUGGACCUGGAGUGCCACGUGGAGGCUUACCCGCCGCCGGCCAUCACUUGGCUGAAGGACGAGUUUGAACUUUCCAAUAACCAGCAUUACAGGAUAUCUCACUUCGCGACAGCUGAUGAGUUCACAGACACCACGAUAAGAGUUCUCACCAUUGAAAAGAAGCAAUACGGAACGUUCACUUGCAAGGCGCAGAACAAGUUGGGCUCAGACGAGGGUCAAGUGCAUUUGUUCGAAACCAUAGUUCCCGUUUGCCCGCCCGCCUGCGACCAGGCGCGCUAUGGCGGCGCCGCGACACUAGCGCCAUCUGUUAGCGCCGUGACUACGCUUUUGGUUGUGUAUACCGCGUACGCUGUUAGGAGAAUCGCCAAUACCAGACAUUAAUUACAGUGGUUUAAGACCGGACCCUCUCGUGUAUGGGUACCCUAACACGGCGAGUACUCAUCAAGCACAUAUCUUAUUGUUCACGUAUAUAUUAUAUUAUUAUGUAUUUCAUUAACGGGACGCGCCUUCACACCUUUUUGUUCAACCCUUUGGCAGCUUACAAAGAAUGUGUCCUAAUUUGUAUCACGAAUCAAAAAGAUAUUAUAUAAUACGGAAUAGAUGAUCUACAUAAAAUUAAAAUACGAAUUCAAAUAAAAAAUAAUAAUAAAAUAAAAAUUCUACGUGGGGCGUUGAUAUGAGUUGACGGAUUUUCAGAAGUAAAAUCUUACACAUAAAUCAUCUUAGAUAGAUUUCGGAAUAAUACAAGCCUAUAGAAGCGGCAAUUACUUGUGAAUGUGACGUAGCAACUGAUAGUAGUUAGUGACGCCUUAACGUUUAUCUCAAUUUUGGGAUCGAUAUCUACAUGUCGAUGACGCUUACAAACGCUGUUAAUUUCAGGAACAAUAUGCCAUUUCUAUUGUUUAACAUUGUUCCGAUUGCUAUCUUGCCUUUUCGUAGGCGGCCCUGGGUACCUUCCUUAGGACGUUUCCUGGACAAAACAAAAGCCAAGAAAAUAAAUUACGUUAGGGCGCGUCCAUUCUCGACUUUAAAAAAUUUAAGCAAUAAUUGUAUCAAUUGUAUUGUAACUAAUUUUAUUAAGAAUGAUAUCUCAAUCAAUUUUUACCAAAUUAUUAUUUUUGUAGUGACAUUUUUUAUUAUUAUUGUAAGCGUGUAUUAUGUAAGUUGACGACAAAAAUGCCACAAAUUAUACAAUUUUAGUGAAAUUUGAUAGGAAAAUAUUGUACUUUUACAAAGCAUACUUGUUAUAGUUUAUUUCUAUGGUGACAAAGAAAAAACAUUAGGACGAAUUGAGAACCACUUUAUUUUUCGAAGUCGGCCAAAAAGGGCAUUGACCUGUAUAAUAUCUCGUACACAGACAAUCUUAGUAAUCAUUUAAUUUCAAUAUUUACAUUUAAAUUCCUUACACGAUUUGGUCUAUAGAUUCGAAAUGUCUUAUUGUUUAACUUAUGAAUGUGCAAUGUGCAUUAUCUGUCUUUCCAAAAUUUUGGGGUGUGCGUCGCACUAAGAAGAGGUACGUAAUAAUGCGAUAUAUUGUUUGUAUGUUUGUUACCACUUAACGAGUUAUCUAUUGAAUUAAUCUCCUUAAUUUCUUAUUCUUAAUUUAUAUAUGUAUAAUUAAGAGUCUGGAGAAGGAUAUAGGGUACCUUUCAAUGCGGUAAAAACUAUAGCUGCCGUGGAAUUUGCGAAAAACCUGUAUUCUUUUGUAGAUAGCGCUUAAGCGUAUGUUUGUGUAUUUUGUAAUUAUAUUUUUCAUCAUAACUGCAAAAUAUUCUUUACUGCUUCGGAAAUAAACUAUAACAUGUAUUAAAGAAAAAAACUUUUAAAAUUAAAUAAUUUUCAGAACCAAUGUUUAACAAUGUAAUGUGACUUAAUAUGUACCUACAAUUAAUUUUAUACCACAUUGGUUAUAAAAUAUAGUUAUAAAAAAUAACUAUUUGAAGAAUCUCAAAAUUGUAUUAAUGUAUUUCAGGAAUCUCAAUUUACAUCUUAUACUUAUCUAAAAAAAUAUUUUAAGUAAUAUUAAAUUGGUGACUCCAUAUAUUUAUGGGUCGUUACCAAAUUAAAUCAAAUCACUCCCAAUUAAAAAAAAAAGUGGCCAUAGUUGUAAGUUAUAUGUUGUGAUUGUUCUAUAUAAGACUCAGUGUUUAAAAAUUAAGUCCAGUCUAAUUUGUUUCUCACUUGUAAUAUAAUUUUUUUGGCAAUUUGUCACGCGUAUUGCCUUGUGGGGACGAAGGAGGCUUCGAAUCAAACAAUAUUACUGGUGGUAAAAGAAGACUUAAACGCAAAGAUUUCACCGUGUUCUGUGAGGCCAAAAAUUAUGACAACUUGCCUACUAAGUUUCAAAGUAAUUAGCUCAAUAAAGCUGUUUUUUUUACGAAUAAUGACUGAUAACAGAGAGAAUAGAAAUAAAUAUAGCUUAUUUUAAAAAUUUCGCGUUAAUCUAUUUAAAAAUAAUACAGGUAUUAAACGCGCACGUGAAGGCACCUUUAUUUUAUCUCGUUUUUUUACGUGUCGAAACAUGUCACAUUUGUAAUACAUACAUAAAAUCACACCUUUUUCCCUGAAGGAUAGGUAGAUACUAUAUCUUUCCACUUGCCACGAUCUCUGCAUACUUCCUUCGCUUCAUCCACAUUCAUAACUCUCUUCGUGCAAGCUCGGUUUCGGGUACUCCUGACCUGACCCUUUGCCAGGACGUCCUUAAUUCGUUCAAGAUACGUUCGUAAUAUGUUUAAUACCUGCUUUAUUUAUAAAUAGAAAUUAAAUUGAAAGAUUUUUCCCAAUGUCAGUACCUACCUACAUUGAAAAUGAAAAAAUGAAAAUGCAUUUAUUUCUUUAACUACAAAGUGUACACUAUACAUUGAUAGGAUUUUCUAUUUAGCAAAGUAUGCCUGUAUCAGAAAAUCGUGAUCUUGUACAUUGUAUCUUUUUGAUAGUCUUCUGUCUUUUGACAAGUGAAAAUUGUACGCACACGCACAUAUCAGGUUUUAUACAAACACGCAUUGCUGUGAAGCAGUGAAUCCAAAUAAAAUUGAGAUUAAAAAAAAAUUACAGAUACAUAUGAAAUUUUAUCAAAAUCUUUUCUGUUAUUUCGGGGUUAAUCUUUUACCUAUGUCGUGACAGGAGAUUUUUUUUUAAAUUAUGAAUAACAAUAUGAUUGAAUUACAUAUACUUGACAUCUACUUUGAAAGUUGCUGAUUAAUACGUGUGUUAAAAUAUAUAUUUUAAAAAAAACGGACUAAAGGAUGAAAAGAUAACAUUAAAAAUAUAAGAAUAGAAUAGUAUGUAACUGUGUGUACUUUAAUAUUUUUAUACCGUAUUUUGUAUAGAAUUUUACUGUUUUGUACAAUUUUUUAAUGAGACUUGUCUAUUUGUCAGUACUUAGUUGCUUACAAACUUCACUGUCAUAGCCUACUAUCUGCAUUUAAGGUACCUCUUCUUUAAAACUUGUCAUAUAAACUAAAUUACACAUUAUAUGAUUACACUUUUCUACUUGCGUAUUAGGCAGAGAGUACAUCUUUAAAAUUAAGGCACUAUCCCUUCAUACUUUUGCAUCAUUCACGUUCAUCAAUCUUUUCAUGCAACCUCGUCAAUUUUGGGGUUCAUUGCCCGAUUGGAUCUAGAUACCACACAAACUUAAAACUUAAGUGGACGUGUUUGUUAAAGAUUGCUAAUGACAGAUAAAUCUUUAAAAAAUUGUCGAAUCAGUAUAUAUUCACAUAUAGAAUUAAUUAUAGUAUUUUGUACGACAAGCUUUAGUUGGAAACAGCAAAUAAUGUAGUUAUAACCCCGUAAAGAGUGACAAUAUAUAUACAUUCGCUUGAUAAUAUGUUCACGAAAUCUAAGUACUUAUAGUGCGUUUUUAUGUAAUUUUUAUCACAUUUAUUUAAUUUUAUAUGGUUUUAGAGGUUUUAAGGUUACAUGAUCCCACCAGAAAUCUGUUAAUUUUUUUUUAAUACGAAAGGUAAUAAAAACAUAACUUUUAUUUUCCUUAAAAAAAUCAUACAAAUAUUUUUAUGGCCUUUGAACAUUGACAUAACUUUUUUUCAAAUUGUAUGAACUUAUUUCUUUUAGAAAAUAUCAUUUUAUAAUUGAAAUUCUUAAAUUACGCAGAGAUUAACAGAUAAAUUAGACUCUGUCCACCUCGUUCAAAAUAAAAUGGACACUCACCUAGAAUUUUCUACGUUACCUACGUUAGAGCCAAUAAACCCCGAUGACGUAUAUGAGAACAGACUAAAUAGAAUUCACAGAUUGAAGGAGUGACAGUGUGGUAGCAAAUUAAUUUUUAACAAAGUCUGUAUAAGAAUAGACAUAGGAAAUUUCGGAUAGCUUUUUAGUACAAAAUGUGGUGGAUUAUUGGCGUUUUUUAGAUUAUUUGCACGAGCGUUUUUUAAAAGUCGCGUUUAUUAUGUUAUAUUAAGUGUUUGUUUUUUAGAGCGAGAGUUUGUUACCUGCGUUUACUUUACAAAAAUACCUUUUGAUAUAACUCGAAAUUAAUAAAUAUUUUUCUAUACAAUUUCAAGUAGCAGUAGAUUAAUUAUUCUUUUAAAUUCUAGUUAAAAUUGUAUACAAAAAGAUUUAUAUAUAUUUUUUAAAGUUCAAAUUCGAGUUGAAAUAAAAAAUAAUCAUAUCGGUGUAACUUUUUAAGGGCCUGGCUAAAAACGCUCGUGCUAAUAUGAAUUUGGUCUUGUAUUUUUAAGUCAAAUCGUCAUUAAACUAUACAAUUUUUACAAAAAUGUAAUGAAAUUCUUUACUUGCAUUAGGUAUGUAAUUUACAUGUACAAAAUUUUUAUACCAAUGUAUUUUAAUGUUUAAGUGGCUUAUAAUUUGUAUUUUAGGUGAUCGAUCAUUCCGUAAUAAUUUUUGACUGCACGAUUCCAUCCAUUUUUGUAUGAAUUAAGUAUUUAUUGUUUAAGACGUAUCAUUUUGUGUGUAAACGCUUAUAACGUAUAUUUUUGUACAAUUUUAUUAUGUAUUCGGCGCACGCUAUAGGGUCCUGUCGCUUGGAACGAAAAAGAAGCCUAAACAUUCUUUUGCCAGGAAGACAUCGACGAAGGUUUUGAUUUAAGAAUCUUAAAAAAAAUUCAAAUAUACAAUAUUUUUUAAAAUACCGCUAAAGAGAAGAUGUCAGUUCACACCAGCACGGGAAACUAGGACGGACUCAUAUUAUUGCGUCUCAAAAUUUUACGUUAUUUAACAAAGAAAAAAAAUUUUUCCUUU